UCUGGUGCUAAUUAUAAGAAUCUUUUAACAUGUGCUUUUGUAUUUCGUGUUGGUACUUGUCAACAUAAUGAUAUAAACUUAAUAAGUAUAUUCUAGUCGUUAAAUAAGCUUUAAAAUGAUUAAAAUUGUCAACUUUGCAAGAUUUUGUUGUCCUUCCGAAAUAUCAAAAGGAAUUUAUAAUUCAUUGUUGAAAACGUGUGAAAGGAAUAUGUAUACAAUUGCAGUCGAAGGGAAUAUUGGAAGUGGAAAAACAACGUUAUUACAAUAUUUCUCAAACUUUCCAAGCACUACAGUCAUUCAAGAACCUGUGGAAAGAUGGAGAAAUAUAAAUGGUUAUAAUUUAUUGGAUUUAAUGUAUCAAGAGCCAACUAGAUGGAGUCUUACAUUCCAGACUUAUGUGCAAUUGACAAUGCUGCAGAAUCAUAAAAAAGUAUCAAAUACAAAUAUAAAACUUAUGGAACGUUCAAUUUAUAGUGCUAAAUAUUGUUUUGUUGAAAAUCUUUAUCAAAGUGGUCUUAUGCCAAAAGUGGAGUAUCUGGUUUUGACUGAAUGGUUUAAUUGGUUAAUUUCUAAUAAAGACUUAAAAAUUGAUUUAAUAGUAUAUUUAAGAACUAAACCUGAAGUGGCAUAUAAACGAAUUCAGGAGAGAUGUCGCAUUGAAGAGAAAGCUAUUUCUAUGGAUUAUUUAAAGAGUCUUCAUGAUCUACAUGAAAAAUGGCUAACAACAAAAAGUGAUUUUGUGGUUCCUGCUCCAGUGCUGAUUCUGGAUGCCAAUUGUGAACUCAGUGAUAUGCAGGAUACAUUCAGAAAAUACACUUGUGAUAUACUUUUUCAAAAUAAACAUUCGCCCAUAUCUGGAAAGGCAUCAUCACAAUAAAAUCUAAACUUCUUUGUAUGGUACUGUAUGUUUGAAAAACUCGAAAUGAAAGAACUUGCAUGAAUUAAAACUUUUUAUUGACCAUAAUUGUUAGUUUAUUUGGUUUGUCCUUAUAUUUAUGUAUCCACUUUAUAAUAGGCAUGUCAGAAUAUAUUUAUUUAAAAUUUAAAAAUAUGUUUAUAUAUCUAAGAAUGAAUAAGCUUUAUUAGUCAACUUCAAAAAUGCGUUUUUUCAAACAAAAAAGUAU